UCAUACCCAAGUCCUUUCACAUAAACCUGAAAUCUUGGAAGUCAUGAGCAACUUCAGCAAAGAAGAAUUUGAGUUGACCUUCCUUGAUGAAGGCUUUACUGCCAAGGAUAUCCUUGACCAGAAAAUAAAUGAAGUAUCAUCUUCUGAUGAUAAAGAUGCCUUCUAUGUUGCUGACCUUGGGGACAUUGUGAAGAAGCACGUGCGGUGGCAUAAGGCCCUUCCUCGGGUGACCCCCUUCUAUGCUGUAAAGUGCAACGACAGCAAAGCUGUUGUGAAGACCCUUGCUGCUCUUGGGGCAGGAUUUGACUGUGCCAGUAAGACGGAAAUACAGCUGGUACAGAGCAUUGGUGUGCCUCCUGAGCGAAUAAUAUAUGCAAAUCCCUGCAAACAAGUGUCUCAAAUCAAACAUGCUGCCAGCAGUGGUGUGCAGAUGAUGACAUUUGAUAGUGAAGUAGAGCUAAUGAAAGUUGCAAGGGCCCAUCCAAAAGCCAAGUUAGUCUUGCGCAUUACCACCGAUGACUCCAAAGCAGUCUGUCGUCUGAGUGUUAAAUUUGGAGCUACACUUAAGACUAGCAGGCUUCUUCUGGAGCGUGCAAAAGAACUUGACCUUGCCAUUGUUGGAGUUAGUUUCCAUGUUGGAAGUGGAUGUACAGACCCAGAGACCUUUGUCCAAGCCAUUUCUGAUGCCCGCUGUGUGUUCGAUAUGGGAGCUGAACUUGGCUUCAAUAUGUAUCUGCUUGAUAUUGGUGGUGGCUUCCCUGGCUCUGAAGAUGUCAAGCUUAAAUUUGAAGAGAUCACAAGUGUAAUCAAUCCAGCACUGGAUAAAUACUUCCCUUCAGAUUCUGGAAUAAAUAUUAUUGCAGAGCCAGGGAGAUACUAUGUUGCAUCAGCAUUCACGCUGGCAGUCAACAUCAUUGCAAAGAAAAUUGUGUUAAAGGAGCAAACAGGUUCUGAUGAUGAAGAUGAUGCAAAUGACAAAACUCUUAUGUACUAUGUGAAUGAUGGGGUCUAUGGAUCAUUCAACUGCAUCUUGUAUGAUCAUGCACAUGUUAAGCCAGUCCUGCAAAAGCGGCCUAAGCCAGAUGACAGCUGCUACUCCUGCAGCAUUUGGGGACCAACCUGUGAUGGCUUAGAUCGGAUUGUUGAGCGGUUUAAUAUGCCAGAGCUGCAAGUUGGUGACUGGAUCCUCUUUGAAAACAUGGGUGCCUAUACUGUUGCAGCAGCCUCUACUUUCAAUGGAUUCCAGAGGCCAACAAUACACUAUGUGAUGUCAAGACCAGCAUGGCAACUGAUGCAGCAGAUCAAGGAGCAAGGGUUCCUAGCUGAAGUGGAGGAGCAGGAUGUUAGUCUGCCAGUCUCUUGUGCCUGGGAAAGUGGAAUUGAAUAUCCAGCAACUUGUGCUUCAGCUAGUAUUAAUGUAUAGGUAAUAUUUAGUAACUAAGUGCAAGGCUUGUCUGAUACAGGAGGAAGGGAGGAGCUGCAUGCCAGAAAAAUUGAGAUCAGCUGCAUCUGUCUGAUGUAAUUAGCUCAACAAAUAUUAAA